ACCAUCUCAUCUAUACAUAUAAGAGUGGUGCUCCUUUGGAUUUGCUUUUGUAAGUUUCCUCGUAUUACCCAUUUAUCUUCCUCUCCACCCUUAACCAUGUCGGCUUUUGUUGGCAAGUAUGCAGACGAGUUGAUCAAGAACGCCAAGUACAUCGCCACCCCAGGCAAGGGUAUUUUGGCGGCCGACGAGAGUACCGGCACCAUUGGAAAGCGUCUCUCGAGUAUCAACGUCGAAAACAUCGAAUCCAACCGCCAAGCCCUCCGGGAGCUCCUUUUCACCUCUCCGAACGCCUUGACGUACCUAUCCGGCGUCAUCCUUUUCGAGGAAACGCUUUACCAAAAGACAUCUGAUGGGAAACCCUUCGUUGAGGUCCUUGAAGAAAACAACGUCAUUCCGGGUAUCAAGGUCGAUAAGGGCACCGUCGAGAUAGCCGGCACCAAUGGCGAGACCACGACUCAAGGGUUCGACUCCUUGGGCGCGCGGUGCCAGCAAUAUUAUAAAGCUGGUGCGCGUUUUGCCAAGUGGCGGUCGGUGCUCAAGAUCGGUCCCAACGAGCCUUCUGAGUUGUCGAUACAGCAGAACGCGCAUGGGUUGGCUCGUUACUCCAUCAUUUGUCAAGAAAAUGGGCUGGUCCCCAUUGUGGAGCCUGAGGUGCUUACCGAUGGCCCUCAUGAUAUUCAGAAAUGCGCCGCCGUCACUGAAACCGUGAUUGCGGCGGUUUACAAAGCGCUGAAUGAGCACCAUGUUUUACUUGAGGGCACUCUCUUGAAACCUAAUAUGGCCACUCCAGGUUCUGACAGCCCAAAGGUUGCAGCGGAGGUGAUUGCGCAAUACACGGUGACCGCACUUCGUCGAUCCGUCCCGCCGGCAGUGCCGGGGAUCGUGUUUUUAUCAGGCGGACAAAGCGAGGAAGAAGCAACGAUUAAUCUGGACGCGAUGAACAAACUGGACGUGUUGAAGCCAUGGACGUUGUCGUUCUCGUUCGGACGAGCCCUGCAACAGAGCACGCUCAAGACAUGGGCAGGGAAGAAGGAGAACGUUGCGAAAGCGCAGGAAGCAUUUUUGUCGAGGUGCAAAGCGAAUUCGGAGGCCACGCUCGGAAAGUACGGCGGAGGAAGUGCCGGUGGAUUGGCUUCGGAAAGUUUGUUUGUUAAGGGUUACAAGUAUUAAAGCAUUUAUAUAUAUAUAUAUAUAUAUAUUAUUUUCUUAUUAUCAGUUUUAUUAAUUUAU